CUAUUUUCUCUCUUCUCUGUACACUCCACUCUUUGAAAGCCCUCGCCGCCAUAUUUCUUCUGUCAAAAUGCCGCCCAAGUUUGAUCCCACCCAAGUCGUCGACGUCUUCGUCCGCGUUACAGGCGGCGAAGUCGGAGCAGCUAGUUCCCUCGCUCCUAAGAUCGGUCCGCUCGGUCUCUCUCCCAAGAAGAUCGGAGAAGAUAUCGCCAAAGAAACUGCCAAGGACUGGAAGGGACUCCGUGUAACCGUCAAGCUUACCGUACAGAACCGUCAGGCCAAAGUCACAGUGGUUCCGUCGGCGGCCGCGCUUGUAAUCAAGGCGUUGAAGGAACCGGAGAGGGAUAGGAAGAAGACCAAGAACAUCAAACAUAACGGGAACAUCGCGCUCGAUGACGUUAUCGAGAUUGCUAGGGUAAUGAGGCCUAGGUCAAUGGCUAAGGAUUUGAGAUGUACGGUGAAGGAGAUUCUGGGCACCUGUGUUUCCGUUGGCUGUACGGUUGAUGGGAAAGAUCCUAAGGAUUUGCAGCAGGAGAUCUAUGAUGGUGAUGUUGCUGUUCCUUUGGAGUGAGUAAACUUUAU